AUGGCUUCAGUACAGGCUGCGCCUGCCGUCCAGCUCCCUGGCGCCGGCAUGGCGACCACCACUCCUCAACAGGCUCAAGAGAUUUUCAAUAAAUUCAAGCAGAUGAGGGAGAGCGGCGUCCCCAACACCGAUCCCGAAUACAUCAAGGCCGAGCAGUUCGUCUUGUCCUUCCAACAACAAGCGCGUAUGCGACAGAAGCAACAACAAUUCCUCCAGCAUCAGCAGCAACAACAACAGAUGCAACAGCAGCGACAGAUGCAGCAGGCUGGUGGUCCCAACGGCGCUGUCAAUGGCUCGCAGCCCGCCCAGCAGCACCCCCAGUCGACACAACCUCCUACAUCAAGCGCGCUCAGCGCCUCGGCGCUUCCUGCAGCCAACUCAAAUGCUGCUGCCGCCGCUGGAUCCCCCUCGACAGCUGCUCCCUCCAGCGGCCCAGGUGCUGGCCAGUUCAACCCGCAACAAUUGAGUUUGCUUAGACAACAGAUCCACGCCUUCAAGCUGUUGACCAAGAAUGCUGGAGUUCCCCUACAGAUGCAGCAAGCCAUCUUUGCUCAGCGAGAGCGCAGGAAAGCCAUCGCCGCCGAGGCUGCCGCGCUGGCAGCUUCAUCAACACCCGCAACAACCAGUCGAGACUCUGCACAGCCCGGCAUCAAUGGGUCCGAAGCCAAGCCUGAAUCUACUCCAGAGGUCCAAGGGCCCACCUUCAAGACCGUCAGGUCCCCUUACGGCGAUGACAACCUGAUUCGCAAGUCGAUUAGCCAUUUCGACCAUACUCAACGGAAAAAUCGCAAGCUUAUCCCGGGAUUGUUCCCCACUGGUGUCGACUUCGACCAGCUACGGUACGAGAGGGAGCUGAUUGUGUUCAACCGCAUGAGAGAUCGGUUUGCCGAGCUCAGAAACACCCCAGCAAAUAUUGCUCACUGGGAUACCACCAAGGACGACGUUGAACUGGAUGACAGUGCAAAGGUCAAGGCGAUCAUUGAGAUGAAGAGCCUCGGCUUGUACGCGAAGCAGAAGGCGCUGCGGGAUAAGAUUGGCCGCUCGAUGAUGUUCUAUGACAACCUUGCAAUGACGACCAACCGCUCCGGAUACCGCCGCACAAAGAAGAUGACGGUUCGCGAGGCCAGAAUCACAGAGAAGCUUGAGAAGCAGCAGCGUGAUAUCCGGGAGAACCGCGAGAAGAAGAGGCACACUGACUUCUUGGCCGCCAUUACUCAACACAGAAACGAGAUUCAACAAACCGCAUCAAGCCAGCGCAAUAAGUCCACCAAACUCAAUAAGCUCAUGUUUGCCCAGCACUACAACAUUGAAAAAGAAGAGCAAAAGAGGAUUGAGCGUACUGCCAAGCAGCGUCUGCAGGCUCUUAAGGCCAACGAUGAAGAGGCUUAUCUCAAGUUGCUUGACGAAGCCAAGGACACCCGUAUUACCCACCUUCUCAGACAGACCGACGGGUUCUUGCGGCAACUCGCUGCUUCCGUCAAGUCUCAGCAAAGGAAGGCCCUGUUGGAGCAGACUGGCGAAGAGGAGGAACUUCCAGAGGAGGAAGAAGAAGAGAGCGAACCCGAUGAGGAUGACGACGACACAAGUGGACGAAAGAUCGACUACUACGCCGUCGCCCAUCGCAUCAAGGAAGAGGUCACAGAACAGGCCGAUAUCCUGGUGGGUGGUAAGCUCAAGGAAUACCAGGUCAAGGGUCUGCAGUGGAUGAUUUCCCUGUACAACAACAACCUGAACGGUAUUCUUGCCGACGAGAUGGGUCUCGGCAAGACUAUUCAAACCAUCAGUUUGAUCACGUAUCUCAUCGAGCGCAAGAAGCAGGAUGGCCCCUACCUGGUCAUUGUACCCCUCAGUACUUUGACCAACUGGACACUCGAGUUCGAGAAAUGGGCGCCUUCUGUGAGCAAGAUUGUCUACAAGGGUCCUCCUCUGGCCAGAAAAGUGCACCAGGACAAGAUCCGCCAAGGACGUUUCCAGGUGUUGCUCACGACAUACGAGUACAUUAUUAAGGAUCGCCCGAUUCUCAGCAAGAUCAAGUGGUUCCACAUGAUCAUUGACGAAGGUCACCGUAUGAAGAACCAGAACUCCAAGUUGACAACUACUAUCCAGCAAUACUACAACACCCGAUUCCGUCUCAUCUUGACUGGUACACCGCUCCAGAACAACCUUACGGAACUGUGGGCCAUGCUCAACUUCACGCUACCGACCAUUUUCAAGUCUGCGACAACCUUUGACGAGUGGUUCAACACACCUUUUGCCAACACUGGUGGACAAGACAAGAUGGAACUCACGGAAGAAGAACAGAUUCUCGUCAUUCGUCGUCUGCACAAGGUGCUGCGUCCUUUCUUGCUCCGUCGUCUGAAGAAGGAUGUCGAAAAGGAUCUUCCGGACAAGACCGAGAAGGUCAUCAAGUGCAAGUUCUCUGCUUUGCAAUCUAAGCUUUACAAGCAGAUGGUCACGCACAACAGGAUCCUCGUCAGCGACGGACAGGGUGGCAAGGCUGGUGCUCGCGGCUUGAGCAACAUGAUUAUGCAGCUUCGCAAGCUUUGCAACCAUCCAUUUGUGUUUGAUGAGGUCGAGAAUCUCAUGAAUCCUAUGAGCAUCAGUAACGACUUGCUAUGGAGAACCGCUGGCAAGUUUGAGCUUCUCGACAGAGUCCUGCCCAAGUACAAGGCAACGGGCCAUCGCGUUCUCAUGUUCUUCCAAAUGACGGCCAUCAUGGACAUCAUGGAGGACUACCUCAGAUACCGCAACCUCAAGUAUCUUCGUCUGGAUGGUACAACCAAGUCAGAUGAGCGUUCUGAUUUGCUGCGCGAGUUCAAUGCUCCCGGCUCAGACUACUUCAUGUUCUUGUUGUCGACUCGUGCUGGUGGUCUUGGUCUGAACCUGCAGACUGCUGACACUGUCAUCAUCUACGACUCCGAUUGGAAUCCUCAUCAAGAUUUGCAGGCUCAGGAUCGUGCUCAUCGUAUCGGACAGAAGAAUGAGGUUCGAAUUCUUCGCCUCAUCAGUUCGAACUCGGUCGAAGAGAAGAUCUUGGAAAGAGCCAGGUUCAAGCUUGACAUGGACGGCAAGGUCAUUCAAGCCGGUCGCUUCGACAACAAGUCGACAGAAACGGAUCGUGAUGCUAUGCUGCGUACCCUUCUAGAAAGCGCCGACAUGGCGGAGACUGGAGACCAGGACGAGAUGGACGACGAGGAGCUGAACUUGCUCCUCGCUCGUAGCGACGAUGAAGUGGCUGUUUUCCAGAAACUCGACGAGGAGCGGAAGCUAGACCCAACCUAUGGCGAGGCAGCUGGAGCAAAGAUUAAGCCUCGUCUCCUCGCGGAGGAUGAACUUCCUGAGAUCUACCUGGGUGAUGGCAACCCGAUUGAAGAGGAGAUUGAGACAAGUCUUGGACGUGGAGCUCGUGAGCGGACUAAGGUUCGCUACGACGACGGUCUCACGGAAGAGCAGUGGCUCAUGGCUGUCGACGAUGACGACGACUCACCAGAGGCGGCAGCAGCACGGAAGCAAGCCCGCAAAGACAAGCGGGAGACCAACAGGCUCAAGAGGUCCGCUGUGGCCAAUGCUGCUGACGACUCUCCCCCUGCAAGUCGUGCCAGCACGGAGGAGGUGGAGACACCCAAGAAGAGAGGCCGUAAAGGAGCCGCGAAGAACCAAGAGAAGCGGAAGGCAGAAGAAGGGGACGAUGAACCUCCGGCUAAGAAGCGUCGUGGCCCACAAGGUAGAGCCAAGGCGGUAUCGGUCUCUGUUGGUUCCGAGACGCCGCGAGUGUCGGCUCAGCAACGCCAACUCCUGCAGGCAAACACGAGGGCUCUAUUCGACGGACUCAUGAACCUUGAGGUAGAUGAUCCGGAACCACCAGAAGAGGAUGAUGACGAGUCGGUUGCGGGCAAGCGAAUCAUCAUUGGGCCCUUCCUUGCUCUACCACCCAAGCGCGACUACGCCGACUACUACUUGAUCAUCCAAUCUCCUAUUUCGAUGAAGCAGAUUGAGACCAAGAUCAAGAAACAGCAGUACCACAGCCUCGGCGAUAUGCGCAAGGACGUCGACCUCAUGUUCCGCAACUGCCAGACCUACAACGAGGAGGCAUCGCUUCUCUACCAGGACUCUCUUACUCUCCAGAAAUUCUUCCACGAAGAACUCCAAAAGGCUCUCGACAAGCAUGCAGAGUUGCAAGAGCUGGAAAGCGACGGCGGCAAGGAGGGCUCAGUGGCGCCUAGCGCGAGUGCGAGCGUCGGAACCCCUCAACCAGCAACCUCCACCACGAGGAUCAAGUUGAUUUCUUCGGCCUCCAACGGCGCCAAAGAGACAAACGGAGCAAGCAACGGUGCGCAAAGCGACCAAGAGUAG